UUCUGGGCCCCGGCUGGCACUGGGCUCCAGGGCUGGGUGACCCAGAGCAAUUCCCAGACCCCCUAGGAAAGUCUCAGUUUCCUCCUCCGGCUAUGGUGGUGGUGUUUGCGUGUGAGUGUUUUUUUUUGGGGGGGGGCGGUCGGGAGCCAUUCGUGCUGGCCGACUCCCCUUGCCCAGGCAAGGAGAAGCGUCCCCCCACCCAGGCCCAGCAUCCUUAGGUCAUGGUCAGGGUCAAAGCUAUCCUUCUACCUGGCUCCUUUAAACACCUGGGCCUUACCUGGGCCCCUCCCCUCCCAGGUGAGCUCUGGGGCCCCGCCCCUUCCCAGCUGGGCUGGCCACCUAAGGCCACUGGGAGCUGGGUCCUGCUCCCUCGCCUCCUGGCCACACAGCCCCAAAGCCCGGGCCCCGUGUGGUCUCUCCUCUGGGCAGGUCGGUUGUCUCUACCCCGCUAUGAGGGGCUUCCCCUUCCUGCUACUGCUAUACCUUGGGCUGACUUCCUCUCGAGCCUCCCAGCCUGGCCUGAGGAAAGAUCAUGGUUCUGCUGCUGGCCCAGACCCCACAGCUGUGUUCUUAGGAGCCCCUACAGCCCAGAGUUUCCUGGGGAGUGGGCCUGGGCCCCGGCGCUUCCCCCGGGCUAAUCAUUGGGAUUUGGAGCUUCUUACCCCUGGGAACUUGGAACGGGAAUGCUGGGAGGAGCAGUGUUCCUGGGAAGAGGCUCAGGAGGUGUUUGAAGACAGGACUUUGACGGAUCUCUUCUGGGAGAACUACCCCUACAAUGGGAAGGGUGGCACUGGGAAUGGCCGGGUGGAUGUAGCAGCAUUGGCUGUGGGGCUGGGGGCUGGCCUACUGGUCUUGCUUCUGGCAGCCCUGGGCACAUUCUGGUAUCUGCAUAAGCGGAGGCAGUUGCAUCAAAGUCCUGGGCCCUCUCCCCAAAGGUGAGGGCCUGGGGAGACCAGGAAGCUGGGGCUAUCCAGGGGUUCUCUUUCCACUUCUUACGAUGGGGCUGGCAGCAAAGGCAAACCUUGUGGUGGACGGUGGGGCUCAGGGGACAUGUCCAGUGGGCUCCAGUUCAUGGAAGAGGCCUGGGUCCCUGUGGAUCCUGGGUGGGCCAGUCUUGAUGGUAAGUUUUUUUCUCCUUCAGUCUCCAUCUGGUCAGGUCUCACUCUACCUGCCCCCCUCCCCCAUCUGGGUCUCAGCUGCUUGGUCUUGCCCUACUAGUUAUACUCUUCACGGUAUUAUCCUCCUCUCUUUGGGAUCUUUAUCUCUUAUCGAUGCUUUCCACCUUUUUU